AUGUCCGCUACAUUGGCGGACCCGUAUCGAGGCUUUGCUGUGACCUAUUCCCACGCGGAGAAGGCUAAUGAUCAUGAUUUGAUCGCCUACGAUGAGGCCCAUUCGCAGCCGCGGGAAAGGCUACUAAGCGGACUCUCCUACCACUCUCAAGACGCCAACGCAUCUCACUUUGGGCACAUGCAGGCCGUUCUGCCUCCGUUGCCAGAGCCCCAUACAAACGGACACCACGAGGCGCUUCCGGCUUUCUCCCCGGCCCAUCAACUGCUUCAUCCGCACCCAUAUAACUACGACAUAACUUACCCCGAGAGCAGGAAGCGCUCUCGUUCAGGAAGUGACGGAGAUCAUCAUCGCCAAAUGGAUCGCAAUAUGGCUCCCCCGCAACCUAUCCAUUUGGUGCCUCUGGAUGGUCCCGGCUCGGCUCCCGAAUCUGACAUGCUGUUCCCUAUCCAAAGCGAUCAUUCGGGUUCCCAUGUCUCGUCAGCACACAGCUAUGCUUCUCCGAUGUCCCUUUCGCUUCCCCUUCCGGUUCCCCUUUCCGUUCCGCAGCAGCAGCAUCAUCAUCACCGGCUCCCGUCCCAGGCGAGCUUGAGAGAUCGGUCGAAUGCGCAGAAUGGCCCUCCGUGCAUGGUUGGUCAACCUGGGAUGCCUCCUCCCGCUCCGAGGCCCAAGGGACCGAAACUCAAAUUCACACCCAAGGAGGAUUCACUGUUGGUGGAGUUGAAGGAGGAUAAGAACUUGUCUUGGAGGCAAGUUUCGGACUUCUUCCCAGGACGGACGAGUGGGACCUUGCAGGUUCGAUACUGUACAAAGUUGAAGGCGAAGGAUGUAGUCUGGACAGAUGAAAUGGUGGAACGACUACAGCAUGCUAUGAAAACCUAUAAAUUUGACCGGUGGAGGAUCAUUGCAUCCAAAGUCGGGAAUGGAUAUACUCCGGCGGCUUGUAAAAAGCGGGCCAAGCUAUUUCCACCCGAACCUGAGGAAGAUGAUGAUGACGAUGAGGACGAUUGA